GGUGUUGGACUCGCUUCCGGAAGCUGUCAGCUGUGAACGCCGCAUCAGCUGCAAUGAGUUUUGAGUGGCCCUGGCAGUAUAAUUUCCCACCGUUUUUUACGCUACAGCCCAACGCUGACACGAGACAGAAACAGCUGGCAGCAUGGUGUUCCCUGGCUCUGUCUUACUGCCGGCAUCACAAGCUCUACACCCUGGACGUCAUGGAGGCUCAGGAGAGCCCCGUGUUCAACAACAAGAAGAUAGAACGCAAACUGUCAAUGGAGGCGAUCCAAGUUGUGUUUGAGGAACUGAGGAAAAAAGGGAACCUUGAAUGGUUGGACAAAAACAAGUCAAGGUGUUUAGUCAUGUGGAGACGACCGGAGGAAUGGGGCAAAUUAAUAUACCAGUGGGUCUCUAAAAACGGGAUGGUCAACUCUGUGUUUACACUUUAUGAAUUGUCGCAUGGUGACGACACAGGAGGUGAAGAGUUCCACGGUCUAGAAGAGUGGAUGCUGCUGCGCUCGUUGCAGGCUUUACAAACGGAUGGCAAAGCCGAGAUCAUCACCAUGGAUGACGGAAAAGGGGUCAAAUUCUUUUGAAACGGUGCUGGAAUCACUCACACACACUCUGUGUCUCGGAGCCCUCAUACUGUACCUUACAGGCAAAUUUUUUUAAAACGUAGCCGUUUGGAGGCUACACAAGGUGCACCUCAAAGCCCAGCACAAGCGGAUGCUGGUCCUUGUAAUUGUUGUUGCCUUUUGGUUCGCCCAAGCUCAAAGCCUUUUCUUAUUGGAAGGGAACCAAUAUCAUUUCUGUUUGGGGGGAAGGGGGAAGAGCAUUUAAGGUGACAUCAUGUUUAAAGUUGCUAUACGGAGCAUUUUUUGCCAUUUAAACAUAUAAUGAGUCUAUCAUGGGACUAAAUACUAUCAUGUCCUAAUACUCUUAGGGAAAUUGUUCCCAUCAGCUGUAACUUUACUCUUUCUUUAUUGUAAAUACGACUAGUUUUAUUCCCAUUUUCCCCAAAUUUACUCGGUAUAAUUAGCUCUGGACCUUUCCUCUGCUGUUGUUCCUCUGUACCAACCAGACGACCCAAAGAAACCCCAGAACAGAACACCAGGGGGACUCUUUAUUUUGAGAAUAAAUGCUUCCAGAAGUGGAACACCGCAGAGACUCGGACCACCAAUCCUGACUCAACUUCAGCUGAUAAUAGCGGACUUCAUGUACAGAUUGCUGUCAUCCUUUUAUUGUGCAGUAGCUACUGUGACACUUCUGUUAUCCUCUGUCUAUAUUCAACCUCUUUUUUUUUCAUAUCCUGUAGGAAAAUAAAUUAGAAAUUUGCUAAA